GGUAGCCGGCGGUGUGUAGGCGAACGCGGCCAGACGACGUCCGUCUGAUACGGGCGUUGAGACCUGCUUUCGGGGCAUGAGCUGAGGGCACCCGCCAAGGCCACCAGAGAUUGAUGGAAGCAGAAACCAAAACUCUUCCCCUUGAGAACGCAUCCAUUCUUUCAGAGGGCUCUCUACAGGAAGGGCACCGAUUAUGGAUUGGCAACCUGGACCCCAAAAUCACAGAAUACCACCUCCUCAAGCUUCUCCAGAAGUUUGGUAAGGUAAAGCAGUUUGACUUCCUCUUCCACAAGUCAGGUGCUUUGGAGGGGCAGCCUCGAGGAUACUGUUUCGUUAACUUUGAAACAAAGCAGGAAGCAGAACAAGCCAUCCAUUGUCUCAAUGGCAAACUGGCACUGUCUAAGAAGCUGGUGGUGCGAUGGGCACAUGCUCAAGUAAAGAGAUAUGAUCAUAACAAGAAUGAUAAGAUCCUUCCAAUCAGUCUUGAACCAUCCUCGAGCACUGAACCUACUCAGUCUAACCUGAGUGUCACUGCAAAGAUAAAAGCCAUUGAAGCAAAGCUAAAAAUGAUGGCAGAAAAUCCUGAUGCAGAGUAUCCAGCAGCACCUGUUUAUUCCUACUUUAAGCCACCAGAUAAAAAAAGGACUACUCCAUAUUCUAGAACAGCUUGGAAAUCUCGAAGAUGAUGGUUGUGAAUUACCAUAGCAGCAAAAGAAGAUUGGUCAGCACACCUGAACUCCUUUGCCUUUGUACUUUGUAGAUGUGAAUGGUACUGUCCAACAAAGCACAGUCAGAUGUUAGGAUUUGGUAAUAUAAUGUUUUUGGAUGGUCUUAUGGAUGUGUCUUCCCUUGAACUAUUGUGGAAUUGAGCAUCAUCCAGAAUAAAUAGGAUUGUGUCCAAAAUUGUGACUUGAACACUGAGAUGCUCUAGUUGGCUGGUUUGCUUGGAUUUAUAACUCCAGAAACAUUAUCUAGUGUGCCAGAGAGAAAGGCAAACAUGCAAGAUGUUAAUAUUUAAAUCAAGAAACUAAAUAUAUUAAUGUCCAUCAGAAAAAAAUGGAGCAUUUUUCUGUGCACAUGUCUUUACAACAUAAAGAAAAAGUAAAAGACAGGAAAGUGAGAGAAAGAUUUUAAAUCAUUUUUAGAACCACUAUUUGAGGAUUUGCUAUGGAAAUCCUUCCAACUGGACUAAGAAGAUUCUUGGCAAAAAAGAACUGGUCCUUUGAGCAAAAUCUCAGUUAGGGAAAUAUAGUGUGUAUAUCUUAAAAUUAUUUAUGUCAACAAACUGUGGAAUCAAAUUUAGCAUUUUAUACCACAAUAGAAGUUCUGUUUAGAAUCCAACUUUUAUUCUAUAGUGAUCAUUUUUUAAAAUCUAAAUAAUCCUGCCUUCUAUAAUACAAAUGUUCUAACAUGGGACUUUAAAAAUUGCAUUUAUUGCAUGAGAUUGUUUUUAUAGCAUGAGAUUUUUCCGUUUGGAAUUAUAUCAUGGUCAAUCUAAAUAGGAAAACAAAAGUUCUUUGAAAGCCUAGACUUUGCUGUAUUGGUCACAAUCAAACAUUAUUUUCUAAUAAGUAUGUAUGGGUCUGAGUAGAAGAGGCCAAAUGAUCUUGUACAGAAUGAGAAGGAAGUCAGAGGAGCAGCCACUGCUCUGGCACCAAGAUUUUAAUCACUUCAUAUUUUAUGUAGUUUUAAAAGACUGCAUGACUUGAACAUGAUCAUUCAUAGAACAUAAUUCUUACUAGAUAGUUUUGUGUCUUUGAACAUUUUUAAUAUAGCAGUAUAAAGAGAGUCAAAAACUAAUAGACUUGGUAUGUUUCUUCAGCACAGUUUUGGUCAUUUUGGUGCCAGGCUUGACAGACUGUUUCAUUGGGCCACACCAUUGCUUUUUUAUAGGUAAAUCACUUUGUUACCUACUCCAGUUGCCAUUCAUGGUGAUUAAAGACUGUUUGCCACUAUCAUUCCUAGUAAGAAGACCUUUAUUAUAGGUACUUUUAAGUCUCCCUAAGAGUAUUAAUGUACAGGGGUAAUGGCAUACGUCUGUGUUCCCAGUACUUGGGAAGCUGAAGCAAGAGGAUUGUGAAUUCAAGGCUAGCCUGGGCUACAAAGUGACACCUCUGUCAAAAAAAAGAAAAAAGUAUAAAUGAAUUUAAGACACUUAAAUGAGAACUUAAGCAUAGGGAGGUCUCAGAAGCUACAGACCUGGUUCAGAGAAAUUCUUACCACUUUUCCUAAGGUCAAUCUUUUAAAAUACAUUUUGCAUUUAUUAGCUAUGUGUAUCUAUGAUGCAAGUAACUCUCCUUCCACUUGGGGGCUAGUUCAGGGAGGUGGGAGUACUUGUCUCCCAUUUUUCUGGUGAUUUCUUGGAGUACAGAAUUCACCAUUUUAUCCUUAAGUCCUCAAGGGUUAUAGUGGUUUAGAACUUAAUGCCAAUAGCCUUCUAUUUUUAAUAGGAACUUAGAAAAUACUUAGGAUUAUAUAGAAUUGUUUCCUUUAGAAACCAGAACUAUUUAUUUGUAUUUAAAGCAGUGUUUAUUAUUUGUACCAAUUCUUACCCUCCAUGUGAAUAAAAGCAA